AUGGGGUUAAUUAAAAGUAUUUUUUACCCAAACAUUAUACCAAGGAUCAAAAAUGAAAUAAAGGGAUACAACAUUAAUCAGAGUGUGAAGAAGGCAUUGGUGUCCGACACAGGUCUUCUAACCAUCCAUUUUUGGGCUCCCACAUUUAAAUGGUCAAUAUCUUUGGCGAACAUUGUUGAUAUAAACAGAGACCCAAAACUCUUAUCCCUUCCCCAGCAGUUUGCUAUAUGUCUAACUGGAUUACUAUUCACAAGAUUUGCUUACGUCAUUAAACCACGAAAUUAUAAUUUAUUAACAAUAAACUUCUUCAUGAGUUUAACAGCCUUGUAUCAGAUUGCACGUAUAGGGAAUUAUAAGUAUAAUACGGUUUAUAAAAGAGGAGAAAAUGGAAUGGAAAAUAUGGAGAAACAAUGA